AUGAUAAUAUGCGAAGUAGGCAAUGGAAAUUCAGCUCGUUUCUGGCACAACAACUGGACAUCUCAUGGCCCCUUGAUUGACUUAACGGGACCUAGAGGGCCAGAAGUCACUGGUCUUCAUGUGGAUGCGGUUGUUGCGGAAGCGUUGCGUGACGGGAAUUGGUGGUUAAGUAGGAGUAGAAGCAGAAAUAGACUAAUCACCAUGAUUCGUGAUAGUCUACCAGAUGCAAAUCCUAUUUCCUCAUCUGAAGUGGACGAUAUAUACUUGUGGAAGCCAGGGAACAGAGUUGCAUCAAUCUCUUUCUCCACUGCGGAUACUUGGGACGCAAGGAGAGCCAGUUUUCAGGUGCCACCAACGUGCAUUUUAUGCAACAAGGCGGCUGAGACAAGAAAACACCCUUUCUUCGACUGUAGCUACAGCUCAGAGGUAUGGGUGUUCUUUUGCUCUAGGUUGAGUAUAAACCCUCCUGUUCUGUUCGAAGAUGGGCUAAGAUGGUUAAGGAAUCCUUCCCCUGAAGAGUUUGUGAAGUUGAUAGUAAAGCUUGUGUAUCAAGCCGCUCUAUACAGUAUUUGGAAGGAGAGAAAUGCUCGGAUUCAUAAUCAGAUUUCUCAUCCGGCUCAGGCUGUGAUUCUUGAGAUGAAGCAAACAGUACAAGCGAGACUAGACCCGCUGUCAAGAGCUCAUAAUUCUAGAAGGACUGACAUCACCUUGCUUGGUACUUGGUUCAGUUUUUUCUAG